AUGUACAUUCCACAGCCCUCGAGCGCCAUCAGUGUGCUCGCUCUGAGAGACAUCAAGUCCACCGCCGAAUCCUUCAAGUCGUGGGACACGUGCAUGGACAACAAAACGUGCAAGAUCGUCGCCAUCGUGGGCAUUGUGCUAGCGGUAGUGGUGGCCAUCAGCAUUCUCACCACGCUUGUACGCUGCUGCUGUCUUGGGCUCAGCUGUGCUCAGGCGGUGUGCUGCUGCUGCUCGAGAGGCCCCCGCGGCUCCAGGAGAAGCGAGCCAGUUCAGACCCACGAUCCCUUCCACAAUGCGAACAUGUACCCUAGAAACCAGCCCAUGGCUCAGGCCCAGCCGGCGUAUUAUCCGGUAAACAGUUACGAUUCGUAUAAGCAGAAUCCUUAUACGGUAGGGAGUGGAUAUAGGGCGACCUAG